ACAACUCUCAUCUUCGUCAAAAACACUCCUAAACCCUAGUAGUAAAACUAGUGAUCAUAACAAAGACUUAGCUACUAGCUUCAAGAGUUUAAGAUGGCUUCCAAAACUCCUUCUUCCAUUGCUCUUUUCCUCAUUGUCAAUAUCCUCUUCUUUUCACUCGUCUCCGCCUGCGGGACUUGCCCUGGUCCUAACCCGAAGCCAAAGCAUCAUAAGCGCAAUCCAGGGCAAGGCCCAUCACGUGGUUCUGGUGGUUCAGGUGGCUCUACGCCUUCUGGUGGAUCCACUCCAUCAGGCGGUGGUUCCACUCCCUCAGGUGGAACUACUCCUUCUGCUGGAUCCACCCCAUCAGGCAGUGCGUCAUGCCCACGUGACGCACUCAAACUCGGCGUCUGUGCAAACGUACUCAACGGUUUAUUGAAUGUGACUCUGGGUCAGCCGCCGGUGACCCCUUGCUGUACUCUUCUCAAUGGUCUCGUCGAUCUCGAAGCCGCCGUGUGUCUCUGCACCGCGCUUAGGGCAAACAUUCUCGGCAUCAACCUCAAUCUCCCCAUCUCCCUUAGCUUGCUCCUCAAUGUCUGCUCAAGGCAAGCUCCACGUGGCUUCCAAUGUAACUAAGCACAAAAACAUGAUGCUUAGUGUUUCAUAUAGUUCUGCCUUUAAUUUACUUCUGCAUUCAAGAUCCCAUUGAUCACUAUUGUGUGAUAUUUACGUGUGUGCAUGGAUGAUUAACUGCUUGUUAUAUUGUCCCUUCAAUUAUUCACUGUAUGUUUCUUAGUCAUGGUGCAAUAGCUCCAAAGCUGUUGAAUUAGUGUUCUUUACUCCAUUGAGAAAUUAUUAUAUUUACUAAUAAUCAUUCCUUCUAAACUUAA